AUGUCAACGAAAAAUACUAAGAAAAAAACUGGAAAAAAUGCAAAGAAAAAAAUGAAAGUUUCCCAUAAUAGUCUGGAAAAAAAAGAUGAAGCUUCUCAAAAAACUGGAAAUAUAUUAUCUCAAAUUUUAUCAGCUGAUGAUGUAUCAUUACAAGAUACAGGAAAUGUUGAUGAUAAUGCUUCAGCUUCAAUAUCUUAUAUUGAAACUUGUACUGGCCCUGAUUACGAUAAUAUUUUAACUUCAACACCCCAUACCGAAGGACCGUUCGUGUUGGUUGUUCCAGAUGAAAUUUUCAAGUCUUCAACAUCCAAUAAUCCUACAAAAAGUAUCAAAAGUGGCAAGCCAAAAAAAAAUCAGGGUAGAUCAUUAACGCCCAUUGUUGGUAAUAAUUCAACAAGAAAUCUUGAAAAUUCUCCAACUAAACCCGAUGAUGAUUCAAACCAAAGAACUUCCACACCUAUCAGAGCACCCACACCUAUCAGAGCUUCUACACCUAUCACACCUAUGCAAAUUGAUGACGAAUAUUGUAACUUCGAAAAACGUGACGAAUGUUACCUUACAAUUGAGAAAUUCAACUAUACUAUGAAAUUAUUAGACGAAAAAAUCACUUCAAUAUAUCGAUUAUGCUGA